CCAUUGGUCCUUUGGGUCACGUGGGUCACAAAAUGGCAGCGACACAAAAUAGCGUCGAGUCUGAAACACAGAGAGAGACAAAGCGACAUAAACCCGAUGAAAAUGAUGGCAAGCCCGCAGCGGAGAGCUCCAUAUCGGGCUUUGAAGUCGGGCGAAUCCUCCGCGACUCUGCCAGGGAGAAAAACAUUUUCGUGCACGGAAAGAUUGAUGACCAGGAGGCUAUUGUCAUCCUGGAGAAAACUCCGAUCACACAAGAUGUCCUUCCAGAGAUGUUGAAGAAGAGCACACAGCUGCUGGAAAUGAAGAACGACAUCUACAGCACCUACCAGCUCCAACCACCACCGUAUCUCAACGGGGUUAAAACCACUGUGAUCUGCCCAGCAACGGAGAAACACGUAAAGAAGUAUCAGCGUCAAGAGACGUUUCUCAUUGAGGAGACUGAAGAAGACUAUCAGUCCAUCACACUUCCCUACAUUAACAGCCAGAGCUUCAGUGUGCAGUGGGUCUACAACAUCUUGGAAAAGAAAGCGGAAGCUGACCGGAUCGUUUUCGAAGAUCCAGACCCACAGGACGGUUUUGUCCUGCUUCCAGAUUUCAAAUGGGACCAAAAGCAGGUUGACGACUUAUAUUUGAUUGCAAUUACACAUCGAAGGGACGUGAAGAGUUUGAGAGAUCUCACGCCGGAUCAUCUGCCUUUACUGAGAAACAUCCGGGAGAAAGGACUGGAGGCCAUCAUGAAGCGCUACAGCGUCCCGGCAUCUAAACUGCGAGUGAUGCUGCACUACCAGCCAUCUUACUACCACCUCCAUGUGCACUUCAUUACGCUGGAUUAUGAAGCUCCAGGGUGUGGUGUGGAGAGAGCGCACCUGCUCACUGACGUCAUCCAAAACCUGCAGGACCGACCGGAGUACUACCGCAAACACGCACUGACUUUCCCCAUUCGAGCGGACGACGCACUGCUGAGCAAGUUCAGAGAAGCUGGGAGAGUCUAGACUUUUACUUUUGUAAACCUUGUAAGUGUGAGAGACGAUUGUUCUUGUUCUUACUGUAAUCCUGACAACGUCUUCUCCAAUUUGUUCCAAUUUUGUCAUUUGACAUGUAUGUCAUGUAGCCUUUUAUACGCUUUUUUAUACGAAUAAAAUAUUCAAGGUUCACCCAUGUGGCUUGCCAUUGAAGCAUCUUCAUGUACUUCAUUAACUGCCCUGUUACUAACAGCUCCACUUCCCCCUUUGUAAAAAAAAAACGUAUUUGUAAAAACAUCGCUGCGAAUCUGGAGACAAUUACAAGCUACAUUAUGAAUUUCAAACUGUCUGGCAUUAAAUUUUGCUUUUCCACCAUCAGUGAUGUACAGGAUCCCCUGUGGGUAACAUACGAUCUAACAAUGUUUAAAUAUUUAUAUAUACAUAAAUAAAUAUUCACUGGCUAGAAA